GCCGCCGGCAACUGAUGACCUUGCAAGCUCGGUGGCGGUGUACCUUGCGUGGCUUUGAGGGUUUGUGAUACCAACUUCUUGCCUCGAGAGAGAAAACAGAAAGCGUGGCAUCAGACUCAUCGUGCGUAGCGCAGCUAUCAGGGCGAUAGGCUGGAUAUUGUUCGGACAGCAAAGUGAGUGAGCUGCGGUCGAGCGGAGCGCGGCGCUGCUUCAUCCACCCAGCUCACGGGAACCAUGGCGGCAAGCGUCAAAAUCGAGUUCGACGACGGCAGCAGGGUCAUUUCGCAGACUCUCGAGGAUGUCGCUGAAGUGGUGGACCCGAGGAUCGCCGCAGGUCGGGUGCUUUCUGUGGGCAACCGACCGGCCUCCUGCUCCAUUGAUGACUUCUAUGAGGACAAAACGCACACACACAACACUGGCCAGAUCCCGAGAACCACGGCGUUCAUCGCGGACGGCAACUUCCGUAGGGUAGCGUUGCAGUUCCCCGACGCGCUGCUACGAGAAGCACCGGAGGUGCUGUGGACGCUCCAGGCGCGGCUGCGUAAGCUGGCGGCGGGAGGGGUGCGGUCUGUGUCGCAGGAGGGCCGCGAAGAGGAGGGAGAAGGGAAGGGCUCAUCGAAGGUAGCUACGACAGCACCACCUCUGAUUUUCGUGACAGGGGACACCUCGUACGGCAGCUGCUGCGUGGACGAGGUGUCUGCGCAGCACCUAAAGGCGGACGCCAUCAUUCACUACGGCCGGGCGUGCCUCAGCCCGACGAACUCUUCGGUGCCCGUCCUCUACGUCUUCGGCCGCGGGGACCUCGACGUGCAGCACCUGGCGUCCACGCUGCUCUCGGGCCCGCUGUCCGCCACCGCCGCCGCCACCCCCGUCUCGAGCGGCACCAGUUCCGGGCUGCAGGGCGGCGGCGACGACUUGCCGUCACCGCCAACCGCAGCAGGAGCAGAAGGCGGCGGCAGCGGUACCGGUGGCAUGCCGCCUCCCGUCCUCCUGCUGUACGACGUGAGCUACGCCUACGCAAUCCCCGCGCUCCUUGAGAUAUUGGCUGCCGUCGGCGGCGGCGGCCGCAAGCGGGCGGGGCUCGUGGUUGGGUUUCCUACAACAGAGGCGUACUCGCCGAUGACGGGGGGUUGUGCAAAGCCGGCCGCCGCCGGCUACGGGUGCGGCGCAACAUCAACGAUAGGGCAGGGAGGGGGCUCCGACCGGUGUGGACAGAGCGACAGGGGUCCCCCUUGCACCGGCGACAGCCGUAGCUCAGAGAAGGAGACAACCGGGGAGUGUUGCGGUCGUUCGGGCGGCAACAAUGCCGGAUGCGGUACCGGUGGUCGGGGGACGGGACACCCCUCGCGAGAAGGAGCCUUGGGUGGGCAGGGUGGUGCUGGCCCAAGAGAACCGAGCGAACCUUCUGCCGUAGAAUCGGGAGCUAGCUCCGCACCCCGCCAUGCGGGUGGCGCUGUCUCGUCCCUGCCGAGCGCAAGGAGCAGCACCGCCUCCGGAGGACUUGGAAACCCGGGACUAGGGACACCUUCUACUCCUGAAACAGAUACGUGCACGUCAGGUCAGUCCGUGGGUGCAGCACCAGGUGGGGAGGUGGCGGCGUUGCCGACAGCGGGACCGCCGGCACCGUUGUCGUGUCAGCAGAAGAGGCGUGUGCGUAUCGGGGGGUUGGGGGUCAACCUGGAGUCCGAGGAAGAGCUCAGGCGGCACACGCUCGUGUUUGUCGGAGGGGAGGGUAGGCAGCUCAGCAACGUUCUCAUGCGGUGCGCCGGCUGCGUUGAUCGGAUGCGGUACGACCCCUGCCUUCCGCCCGGGGACAGGGUGAUCGGGGACACCCGUAAGGGCAACAAGGAUCUCAUGCGAAGAUACUACCUCGUUCAACGCGCGCGAGAGGCUGGUGUCAUUGGAAUCGUCGUGGGGACCCUCGGUGUCCAGCGGUACGGCAGCGUGGUACGCUCGGUACGAAAGAUGAUCGAGGACGCCGGCCGCAAGGCGUACACCCUUGCCGUGGGGAAGGUCAACGUUGCGAAACUCGCCAAUUUCGCCGAGGUGGAUGUGUUUUGCCUCGUGGCCUGCGCGGAAAACUCGUUGCUAGACUCGAGGGAGUUCCAUGCCCCCGUGGUGACCCCUCUGGAGCUGGAAGUGGCCCUAAGGAAGCGCGAGUGGGACGGCUUCUACAGUACGGACUUCGACGACCUCCUGGAACUGGACCCGCCUGCCUCCGAACGCAGCGGAGCCGCGAGUCUCAACCCCACCGUCGCAAGCGACGGGAUCGAGUCCCUCGCCAUCGGGGACUCCUCCCCCACGCGCGCGGCGCAAAGGGCGGACGACGACGAAGGAGAUGAACCCUUCUUUUCCCUCGUGACGGGCACGUACCAGAACAAGCCCGGGGUUUCCAGGAAGAAGGCGGAGGGGCACCACACCGGUGCAGGGGGCUCCGCAGGAGCGCUCGUCGGGGUGGGAGACCGUUCCCUGGUGGAGUGGAGUAGCCCCGCGGCGGACUUCUUGGGGAAGAGGGAGUUUAAGGGUUUGGAGGCGCUGGUCGGGCAGACGGAAGCGAAGGCGGCCACGCCGGGACAGUCCGGCAUCGCUUCAGACUACGGGGGGGUGUAGUUUUGCCGUUUUUUCGAGCACCCCUGUUUCACCAUCGUUGUGAGAGUAAAAGACUGGUGGCACAUGGCAAGUAUGUUUUUGUGGGACCAAGUUCCCCUUUGUUGCCGUUUUAAGAGCGCUUGCCCCCCUCCCCCUGUUCACCACCGUUGUAGAAACAAAAGAAUGGUAACCCAUGGCAGCAGGAGUGUCAUUGUAGGGCCAAGUGCCCCAUGUGAAGCGUUGUCGUCGAUGUCUGUUGCCCGGCGAUUAGAGUAUGGGUUGCCGAUAUGGGUCAUGCUGUGAAGCACGAAAGAAGUCUCUGAUUGAUGUUAUCAUGAACUUGACGAUCGGCGUUGACAGUUCGCGCAUCCUCUGUUGGUCUUGACCUCGUCCUGGUUUUGGCGGUGAUCCGGCCAAUCGUCAAUCGGGAUUUCACAGAGAGUUUAAGUUCGGGGUACAUACUCCGGCUUAGCCCGUCGGCCGUGCUGAUCCUCUCGUGCUUUGUGUCUCCGUGUUGCUUUUUGUUGUGGCCUUCACAUAAACCGUUCCGGUCUCCACUC